AUGGUAUCCAUUAAGCUGAUCAGUCUGCUCCUACUGUUUGCUGUUCUUGUUGAUUCUUCAAGUGUUUUGAAGAACACCAACCGAAACUUUAGUUCCUACUGGGUUACUAAGUACAAAGCAUUCUUUGAUAUCAUUGACGUUGAUGAAGAUGGCAUCGUUACUGAAGAGGAAUAUGUUGGUUUAACAACAAAACGAGCUCAAAAAGUUCUGCCAUCUUGGAGAGCUUUGGCAAUGAAUGGUAUGUAUUCCAAUGCCUUUCGGGUCUGGUGGUCAAACAAACACACAAACUAUAAAACAAACAUUACAUUGGAAGAAUUUCUUCAAGAGUCUGAGAUAGACAUUCCUAUUACAAUCAAGGAGGUUCCUGAACUCACAUCAGAUUUGUUUGGCACGUUUGAUAUUGACUGCGAUGGCAAGUGGACAGUAGAUGAGUAUUCCAAAUUCCUUUUUGUUUUUCGCAACGCAGCUGAGAUUCAACCAAUAUUUGAUGCAAUUGAUCAAAAUGCAAAUGGCUUCCUUGAUGCAGAGGAAUUUAUUAGUGCAUGGGACCUCUAUUGGUACCAUCAAAAUUUCAGUACCACUGAUAUCAUUUUUGGUAGCCGUGCCUAA